CGGUCUCCAGGGUUCCUGGACUUUCUGCUCUCCACGCUGGGCAGGGAAGGAAAGUCAGCCCUGGGGGUGGAGGGCAGAGGUGGGGUCAAAGUUACUUCCCUGCCACCACCCCUGUCUGUCCCGAGAGCGGCAGUCACUACAGUGUGUGUGACUUUGUAGCAGUGGGGGAGAGGAGAGAAGGGAGGUGGAGGGGCUGCAGCUGGAGUGAGGACUGUGUCUGUGUGUGCAAGCCGGGACAACAGACGGCCUGGCACACUGAAGUCAGGUGCUGGGACCCAUGGGGCCUGCUGACUUAUGGGGACACCACUGGAUGGGAAUCCUGCUCUCAGCCUCGCUUUGGACCCUAUGGAAUCCUCCAGCUGCAGCCCAGCUCACCCUUGAUGCCAACCCACUUGAUGCCACCCAAAGUGAGGAUGUUGUUCUGUCUGUGUUUGGGACCCCCAGGACACCCCAGAUUCAUGGCAGAUCCAGAGAGCUGGCCAAGCCUACCAUUGCAGUCAGCCCGGGCACUGCCAUUGAGCAGAAGGAUAUGGUGACCUUCUACUGCAACACCAAGGAUGUCAACAUUACCAUCCACUGGGUUUCCAACAACCUCUCCCUCGUGUUCCAUGAGCGCAUGCAGCUGUCCAAGGAUGGCAAGAACCUCACCAUCCUCGUUGUCCAGCGGGAGGACUCGGGGACUUACCAUUGUGAAGUUCGAGAUGCCCUUCUGCGCCAGAGCAGCGACCCCAUCUUCCUGGACGUGAAGUAUGGUCCUGAUCCUGUUGAAAUCAAAUUGAUGUCUGGUGUUGCCAGUGGGGAGGUGGUUGAGGUGAUGGAGGGCUCUGACGUGACCUUCUUGGCGGAAACAAAGUCUCACCCACCCUCUGCCUAUACCUGGUUUCUCCUUGACUCCAUUCUGUCUCACACCACGAGCACAUUCACCAUCCAUGCUGUAUCCAGAGAAGAUGAGGGCCUGUACAAGUGCUUGGUGUCCAACAGUGCCACCCACCUGUCCCGCCUGGGUACUCUGAAGGUUCAAGUCCUCGAAAAACUGACCACGCCAAGAGUCGUGCCUUCAAGCCUGAACCUUGUGGAGAACGCCAGGUCCGUGGACCUGACCUGCCAAACCGUCAAUGAGACUGUGAAUGUCCAGUGGUUCGUGAGUGGCCAGCCUCUCCUGCCCAGUGAGCACCUGCAGCUGUCAGCUGGAAACAGGACCCUGAUCAUCCACGGCCUCCAGCGGAAUGACACGGGGCCCUAUGCCUGUGAGGUCUGGAACUGGGGCAGCCGGGCCCGGAGUGAGCCCCUUGAGCUGACCAUCAACUAUGGUCCUGACAAAGUGAACAUCACCAGGGAGUCAGCAUCGAAGAUGGUCAGCACCAUCGAGGCAGAGCUCAACUCCAGCCUGACCCUGCAGUGUUGUGCCGAGUCCAAGCCAGGCGCUGAGUAUCGCUGGACUCUUGAACACUCCACCUGGGAGCACCUGGGAGAGCAACUGCUCAUCAGGGCUCUGACCUGGGAACACAACGGGAUCUACAACUGCACAGCCUCCAACCCUCUCACCGGCCUGGCCCGCUCUGCUUCAGUCCUGGUCAAGGUGGUAGGUCCCCAGUCCUCCUCCCUGUCCUCAGGGGCCAUUGCUGGUAUUAUCAUCGGGAUCCUGGCUGUCAUUGCUGUGGCCUCAGAACUGGGCUAUUUUCUCUACAUCAGAAAUGCCAGACGGCCCUCAAGGAAAACAACAGAGGACCCCAGUCAUGAGACCUCACAACCCACUCCAAAGGAGGAGCACCCCACAGAGCCCAGUUCCGAAAGCCUGAGUCCUGAGUAUUGCAACAUAUCCCAGCUUCAGGGACGGAUCAGAGUCGAAAAGAUGCAACCACCAGACCUUCCAGAGGAGACCUAUGAGACAAAGCUGCCUUCAGCAAGCCCUGGAGGCAAUUCCUUCAGCCCGUGGAAGCCACCACCCAAACCUCUGAUGCCCCCACUCAGAUUGCCCUCCACUGUGCCAAAAAACACGGAGUCAAUCUAUGAGGUGAUGGUGAUGCAGCAGUGAUCAACAUCGAUACAAAUGCUUUUCCUUAUGGAAUUGACAUUGUAGUGGUGAAGGCAGACAGUAGACCAAAUAAAUACUUAAAAU